AUUUUCUUGUUUGGAUUUUGAGGUCGCCCAACAAGAAACAACAACUCCUUUUUCCUAUAUUACUCGGCAAAGACAAAAAGUAGUUCGAGGUUGAGGAGUUGAACUACCCAAGUGGAUCAAAUGUCAUUUCAAUUCAUAAACACAUCUUUCUUCCCUACCAUUUAACAUUCAUCUCUCCAUUCUUGAUCUACACUCUCCUCAUUCACAUCUCUCAAUGGCCGGUUUCUUCUCCCUUCUCAGACGCCUCUACCUCACCGCCUACAACUUCACCCUGCUCGUUGGAUGGUUUCAGGUUCUGUAUAUUGUUCUGAGGACGCUGAAGGAAUCGGGCCAUGAAAACAUAUACCGUGCAGCCGAAAAGCCUUUGCUUUUUGCCCAAACCGCAGCUGUGCUUGAGAUUCUUCAUGGUUUGGUAGGGCUGGUGCGGUCUCCAGUAACAGCAACCUUGCCACAGAUAGGUUCAAGGUUGUUCCUGGUUUGGGGCAUCUUAUGGAGUUUUCCUGAGACUCGGACUCAUGUGCUCGUUACCUCCCUAUUAAUCAGCUGGUCUAUCACCGAGAUCAUUCGCUAUUUUUUCUUUGGAUUGAAAGAGGCAUUUGGAUAUACCCCAUCAUGGCUUUUGUGGCUCAGAUAUAGCACCUUUUUAGUGCUAUAUCCAACAGGCAUCAGCAGCGAAGUUGGUCUAAUAUACAUUGCCUUGCCAUUCAUUAAGGCAUCUGAGAAGUACUGCCUAAGGAUGCCUAACAAAUGGAACUUCUCCUUUGAUUACUUUUAUGCUGCUAUUGUUGUACUGGGAAUCUAUGUUCCAGGUAGCCCUCACUUGUAUAGUUACAUGCUUGCACAGAGGAAGAAAGCCCUAUCAAAAUCAAAGAAAGAGUAGAGUAGCAUCUGUAUUGUAGACUUUGUAGUGUUUACUUUUGUCCUAAGGUUCACGUGCGUACUAGCUGGAAAUAGAAAGAUUUGGCAUAUAAGAAAAGCAUAAUACUAAGUAAUGGAUCAAUAUUUAAUGAGAAAUGCGAUGAUUGCUUUUGGGAAUCGGUUUCUGGGAAUUCAACAGAGUUAAAGUGAAAAGCUAGGUGGUCGACAAUCGGCAUACUAUAUUUUCCAUCCUUGUUGUAGCCAUCAUUGGCCCGCGCAUUAUUAAUAUUAUUUUCUCACUACCACCAAAAUAUUGAAAAAGAAAUUCCUAAUUAGUCGUAGAAUAGCAUUAGACUAUUAUUAGGAGUAAUUAUUUUUCUUCUAAAAAAAAUUCAUAUAACACGGUCAUAUUUUUUUUA